AUGGUGAAGAACAGUGGAGUGAAAGGGGCUAAAGUUGGCAAUGAACAGCAGUUUAUGGUUGGAGUGGGAAUCAUCAGCAAGGAUGUUUUUUUGGGUGACCCGUUAGAGGUCUCAAAGAUGGUGAAGGAUGAAUUGGGUAAAGUGGAAUCGAGUUUUAUUACAUGUAACAUUCUGACUCAACACCAGAGAACACACACAGGAGAAAAACCCUAUAGCUGUGAUCAAUGUGGGAAGAGUUUUGGUCGAUCUGGCCAUCUGACAUUACAUCAGAGAACACACACAGGAGAGAAAUCUAAUAGCUGUGGUCAAUGUGGGAAGAGUUUUACUCAGUCAACCAACCUGAUAUCACACCAGAGAACACACACAGGAGAUAAACCUUAUAGCUGUAAUCAAUGUGGGAAGAGUUUUACUCAGUCAAACAACCUUGUACAACACCAGAGAACACACACAGGAGAGAAACCUUAUAGCUGUGAUCAAUGUGGGAAGAGUUUUUGUCGAUCUGGCCAUCUGAUAUCACACCAGAGAACACACACAGGACAGAAAUCUUAUAGCUGUGAUCAAUGUGGGAAGAGUUUUACUCAGUCAAACAGCAUUAAAAUGCACCAGAGAACACACACAGGAGAGAAACCUUAUAGCUGUGAUCAAUGUGGGAAGAGUUUUAGUCAAUCUGAAACUCUGAGAGUGCACCAGAGAAUACACACAGGAGAGAAACCUUAUAGCUGUGAUCAGUGUGGGAAGAGUUUUACUAUAUCUAGCUCUCUGACUGUACACCAGAGAACACACACAGGAGAGAAACCUUAUAACUGUGAUCAAUGUGGGAAGAGUUUUGGUCGAUCUGGCCAUCUGGUAUCACACCAGAGAACACACACAGGAGAGAAACCUUAUAUCUGUGAUCAAUGUGGGAAGAGUUUUGGUCAAUCUGGAGAGCUGACAGUGCACCAGAGAACACACACAGGAGAGAAACCUUAUAGCUGUGAUCAAUGUGGGAAGAGUUUUAGUCAAUCUGAAACUCUGAGAGUGCACCAGAGAAUACACACAGGAGAGAAACCUUAUAGCUGUGAUCAAUGUGGGAAGAGUUUUACUAUAUCUAGCUCUCUGACUGUACACCAGAGAACACACACAGGAGAGAAACCUUAUAACUGUGAUCAAUGUGGGAAGAGUUUUGGUCGAUCUGGCCAUCUGGUAUCACACCAGAGAACACACACAGGAGAGAAACCUUAUAUCUGUGAUCAAUGUGGGAAGAGUUUUACUACAUCUGGCUCUCUGACUCUACACAAGAGAACACACACAGGAGAGAAACCUUAUAGCUGUGAUCAAUGUGGGAAGAGUUUUGUUUCAUCUGGCCAGCUGACUUUACACCAGAGAACACACAUAGGAGAGAAACCUUAUAACUGUGAUCAAUGUGGGAAGAGUUUUACUACAUCUAGCCAGCUGACUAUACACCAGAGAACACACACAGGA